AUGAGCCAUACCUCAGCCCCAGAGGGAACCUCGUCACGGGGCCAGCUAAUACUCGGCAUCAACGCUGCCCUCAUUGUCAUCACAUCCAUUGUCGUCCUAGCGAGAUUAUAUGUCCGGCGCUUCAUGUUGAAAGCUCUCGGACUCGACGACAUCAUAACUACUAUAGCAUUCUCACUCUGCGUUGCCGGAUCGGCAAUAGACAUCGCCCAGGUUGACCACGGAUCCGGAAUGCCGAUGCAAUACGUAUCGGAAGAAGACCUGAAUAUCUUCUUCAUGCUGCUAGCGGUCGCCGAACUCGUGUACUUCCUCUCAUCAGGUUUUGUUCGACUGUCAAUCCUGGCAUUCCUCCCCCGUCUAUGCAGAGAAACCUUCUUCAUGCGUUGGAUUUGGACCUUGGUCGCCAUCAUCGUCAGCACCAGUAUCGCUGGCUUCUUCUUCACCCUGGCAGAAUGCAAGCCCAUUAGUGACACCUUCAAUUACAGAAAGCCAAACCGAAACUGCGUUGACAAAGAUAUAGAGACGUACGUCAUGUGCACACACGCGGUCCUAGGAGUAUGCAUCGAUAUCAUCCUCUUUGGCCUACCAAUUUGGGUCAUCCGCAGGAACAUGAAGUUCAGUACAAAGGCUAUUCAAGUUAUCCUCGUUUUUUCCGUGGGUCUGUUCGCUAUCAUCACGGGCAUCUUACGCUUGGCAUUCGUCGCCACCAUUGACUUUACAAUAAACACGACAUACAAUACUCUCCGUGUAGGUGCAUGGACAACGACCGAAGUUCACGUUGGCCUCUGGUGCGCCUGCUUCCCGGCUCUCCAGCCCCUACUCCGCCUCGUCUCCUACAAGAUGGGCCUUCGAAGUGGCUUGGACAGUACAGUGAAGAGUACGAAGAACAAAAACGGUGUACUCGCUCAGUCUUGCAGUGACCGGCUUGGUGCCAACGGCUACUUCAAGCAGGACAGUCGCAUUGAUAGAGAAGGUGAUAAUGGGAGCCAGACAGCCAUUAUUUCAGGUGGUGUUUUAACAACAGAAGACAUACUGCUUGACGAUAUACAUGGGAGAAGCAAGUGAGCUAUUAAAUGGGUUGGGAAUUAAUACACAGAAGAGAGGGAACAAAUGAAUGACACGUCUCAGGCAUAUCCCGAUUAGGAACCUUCUGGUAUUUAGAAAG